AUGGAGGCUGAUGGAGGAAAAUAUUUGGCGAAAGAAAGUGAUGAGGACUUAUCAAGAAACGAGGGCUCUGUUUAUUUGUCGCCUCCUUUGUUGCCAAAGGCCCGAGACUCCAGCGAAAUAGUAGCCGAAGAACCAUUGAGCAAUGAGCAAAUUCACAGUCAAGACUUAACUUUUAACACAAAACCCGGCAAGCCAAUAGUCGAGGGACCCUCGGAUGAUUGUGUGAUGAUAAACACGCCGAAGAGAGUAAAUUUCUCCCCACUCCCCAGCCCGAACCGGAUAAGAAUCAUCGAUUCUCCUGGCCCUUCCACGUCCCGAGGAAUAUCAGCCAUGAAAUAUUUUAUUCCGAAACUGAGCUUCAAAUUCCGGAACACAAAUGCCGAGAUUGAGAAGGCUGCCAUGCUAGCGCUCGGGGUUUCCCCCGAGACACAAAGGAAGACUUCACUUGCCGGGGCAUUCUCGCUGACUAAGAUUUUCACGCAAAAGAUGAAGAGGACUUCGUCUUUACCAGCCACUCCGAUUUUGCACUCGAAUCCAGAAUCUGCUCAUGGAGGGAGUAUUGCCAACACUUCAUCUGAUGCAGCUAAAGGUGGGCCCAAGCUAUCCAUUCACCGUUCGCAUUCAGUUCCCGUUUUCAAUUUUGGCAGUGUAUACCAUAUAAUUCCUUCUACUCGCAAGUCGACCGAUCAGAAAGUGGACACAUCAAUCUCCAAUGCAACUGACACUGAUGAGAACAAGAACUUUCCGGAAGACAUACCACAAGAGGAAGCUGUUUGUAGAAUCUGUUUAGACGAGCUGAGUGAGAACUCGAACACUCUGAAAAUGGAAUGCAGCUGUAAAGGGGAACUUGCUUUGGCCCACCAAGAAUGCGCAAUUAAGUGGUUCAGCAUAAAAGGCAACAGAACUUGUGACGUUUGCAAGCAAGAGGUUAAAAAUCUGUCGGUCACACUUUUACGUGUCCAAAAUGGUGAAAAUCGAGGAAAUGGGUCAAUCCCGGCUGUAAUAGGUCGAUAUAGAGUUUGGCAGGAUGUUCCGAUUCUUGUGAUUGUUAGCAUGCUUGCAUAUUUUUGCUUUUUGGAGCAACUAUUGGUCAAGAGACUUGGAUCGGGUGCAAUUGCAAUAUCUUUGCCCUUUUCGUGCAUUUUAGCUCUACUCGCAUCUAUGACUUCUACUACCAUGGUAAGGAAGAGAUACGCCUGGGUAUAUGCGACUAUUCAGUUUGUGCUGAUCGUUCUUUUUGCACAUAUUUUUUACUCCCUGCUUCAUGUGCAAGCCGUUCUAUCUGUUCUGCUGGCGACUUUUGCUGGUUUUGGAGGUGUAAUGUGUGGAGCUUCAAUUAUUUUCGAGAUUCUCAAGUGGGUCAGAACAUGGAACCUUCCGCCACCUUCCGGAACCAAUUCUUCUCAGCAGAACAUCGAUUUAGAGGCAGGAAAUGUGGGCCCAAUGGAUUCACAGCCCACUCAAAUCGAAGCACGGAACCAAGGUAUUGGGCCUAGCAGCUGA